GUAAGUAUGACGGAGGAGUGCAGCGCCCUCAUUCAACGGAAGCUACCGCAGAAAAAGAAAGAUCCGGGGAGCUUUACAAUUCCAUGUUCCAUUGGAACGCUCACCAUUGAAAAAGCGUUGUGCGAUUUGGGUGCUAGCAUUAAUCUAAUGCCGUUAUCAAUGAUGAAGAAGAUACCGGGAGCUGUAGCAAAGCCGACAAAGAUGAGUCUCUCUUUGGCGGAUAGAUCGGUUGUGCAUCCGGAAGGUAUCUUACAUGAUGUUCUGGUGCGAGUCGGCGGAUUUGUGUUUCCGGCUGAUUUUGUUGUCUUAGACAUGGAAGAAGACAAGAAUUGGGAACCCUUGCUGUUAGGAAGACCAUUCUUAGCUACCGGACGCGCCCUUAUCGAUGUAGAGAUGGGCGAGCUCAUGCUAAGGACCGAUGAUCAGCAGGUAACAUUCAAUGUUUUUGAUAAGAUGGAGUGUGAUGAUGGUGACCCCCAAUGUUUUAAAAUCCAGGUUUAUGAUCAUAUUGUUAAACAUGCGCUUAAGUUACCUUGGAAUGCACACUACUUGCCACAUGGUGGCGCUUCUUCUCCGUGACCCUUAGGGGCAUGGAACGUCAAGCAUCGGGACGUUAAACAAGCGCUGGUUGGGAGGCAACCCAACGGUUUUUAAUGUUUUAGUGUGUUUUCUUUUGAAGUAUGUAGGUAGGUGUGCAGCAGAAGCAAGGACGGAAGCAAAAACAGGGCAGAACAGAAUUCUACCACGCCGGGGGCGCAGUACAAUCACGCGCGGCGUGAUCCUUCAUCACAGAGGAAGGAGUUUUUCAGAAGGCAUUACGCGCGGCGUGGGGGUAUAUCACGCGCUGCGUGAAAACUGGAGGAAUAUGGAGUCUCUGACUAAGUGAUUACGCACCGCGUGAUGGUGAUUACGCGCAGCAUGGUCGGUUUGAAAGGAGUUCUUGACCGUUACAAUUGGUACUACGCGCGGCGUAGCAGGGGUCACGCGCGGCGUGGUUACACAGGAAAGCGUGUCAAAUUUGAAUUUCUUCAUCUUCUCAACCACUCCAUCCGUCCCAUCAUCAAUUCACACGGUCUCCCACACGGAAAACUCCAUUGACAACCCAUUUUCACUCUCCAAACUUCUCCAAUUUCACUUCUAAUCACCUCCAAUCAUCCAUUUCAUUCACAUUCACAUUACACCCAUAUCACCCACUCCUAAUUCCACUCCAAAUCCCUCAUUUCAUCCCACAUUUCACCAACUUCCCAAAUUUACCCAUUUCAAUCUUUACAAUAUCACCAUGUUGACUAGGCUAACCGGAAAGGGAAAGAAGAAGAGUGAUGCUAACCCUCCGCAAGAGCCUCCAAAGAAACCAAGAACGAAGAUGAGUGCAAGCAAGGGCCAAUCUUCUCGGUCCGCUCAAGCAUCUCCUCCUCGCCGGAGCAAUGUGACUCAACCACAGGUUCAUCCCCACUUCAUCAGUGAAGUUCAUGAAAAAAGGUACUCCCAAAUUCGAACCUUUACUAUUAAUCAAGAGAAGGGUUUUGGUGAGGAUUUGCUUAAUGGUGUAGCUGAGUUAGGGAAUGAGAUAAAGUCUAGGGGAUGGGAGAGAUUUAAUAAAUUGAUGAUUAAAGAUGAAAUGAAUCCUGGAAAUCAGAUGUGGGCUAGGGAAUUCUUUGCAAAUGCCUAUUUACCGGAUCAACCAAUGUUUCCGGAGUAUGUUUCUGUGGUUAGGGGUGUUAAAGUGAGUUAUUCUUUUGAAACUAUAAAUAAUCUGCUUGGUUGUGCUGCUGGAGGUGUGUAUGAACUGUUGCGUGAUAGAGAGAGGAUUGACAAGAGUGGUAUUGAAGUCAGGGAAGAACUAAAGAAUAUUGUGUGUCGUCCGGGGGCAAUGUGGCUAGCCCACUCUGCAGCUUCUCUCCCUAGAAGGUUGAGCUUAACAAGUUUUAAUCCGGUUCACCGUGCUUGGGGUGAAUUUUGGUUGAAAAAUGUGAGGGUUGUUGGCAACAAUUCAGAAAUUCAGCUUGAUAAUGCGCACGCGGUCCGGUUGUUGGUUGAAGGGAAGUUUAUUAAUCUGGGAUAUUGGUUACAAAAAAGAUCUUCAUGAGAUAGCCAAUCAUCCAAAUCCGACUUUUACUUUGGGACAUUGCAAUCUCAUCGCUGCUUUGUGUAGGGCGAAUAAUGUUCCCAUGAAUGUGCAAGAAGGUGAUCUUCAUCCCGUUCGUCCAUUGUCUUUAUCAUACUUCAUCAAAAAGUUUGAGAGAGGUCCGAUUGUGCCCCGAGGUGAGGGGAAUGCUGCAAGAGAGGAAGCUUUGAGAGAGGAGGAAGAGAUUAAUCGGUUUGAAGAGGGUAACCAUCCGGAUCAGCAGGGGGAUCCGGCAAAUGAAUAUCAUGACAUACCAGCUCAAGACCCUCCUCGGUACUCUCACGAUAUAAAUCAGCUUGCAUCGAUGUUGCAUCAAAUGGAAAUUUCUCAAUAUUCCGGGCUGCCGAAUCUCUACUUUGAUACCGCCUCUUCCAUGUACACCGAGGCGAUGACUUACCGGUCUACUUUCCCUCCUCCUACUUUCGGGACCUUGUAUCCCAUUGAUACUGAUUGGGAGGCGCAUCAGGCGAGGGAGCUGAGCUCAUUUCAGGCCAGACAAGCUUAUAAUUCAGGUCUGCGAACUUCUGAGUUAGCUGAGAUCGAGAGGCGACGCCGGGUUGAGCAGGAUGAGGCUGCUGCAAUGGAAAGGGAAAUGCUGGAUGUGGAUGGGCUGAAUUUGAAUUUGAAUAGCCAAAUCACAAACUACUUCACUGGCCAGCCGGAUGAUGCGGUUUGAUGUUGCUGUGGUGGUGAUGAUGUGCUGCUGCUGCUACUGCUCUACUACUCUAUCUCUAUCGUUACUUUUUGUCUUUUAUUUGCUUGGUUUGUAAUAAUAUUCUGAUGUUGCUUGGAUAUUGGCUGGAUGUUUUAAAUGUGUACUCUAAUUUGAAUCUUCUUUUGUUUUAUUGUGGAAUGAUUUUUACUUCUAGAAUUUGUUUCAAUAUCUUGGCAUGUUCUUUCUAGUUA